CUGAUCGUUAUGAGCAAAUUAAAAAGUUAUCCCGGUUUUCGUCGUUACCUGAACAAUCAACUAGUUGACCUUAACUACCUGACCCGACGUAAAUGUAAGGCCAAUCCUUGGUUUUAUGCGCUUUCGUUUUUCAUUUGUAUCUCUCAUUUCAUCAAGUUAACAAUCCAAUUGAUUCUCAAUGAAGUCAACAGUUUAUCAUAUUUCAUUGGUGAUAUUACUCUGGUCGCUGGUCCAAGUAAGAAACAAUUAACUUUGAUUUACUUUGGCUGGUAUUUUGCUGGAUUUUUGGGUACUUUAAAUUUACUUAGAUCACAAUACACUCCCAAAUUACAGAAAUGGGUCCACGUUGGUAUAAUAUUUGAGAAUCUAUCCAACGAAAUUCAUCCUUAUUCUGGUUUACCGACUUCGUUUCAUCGGCACUUUAGACGAAUUGUAUUGUCUCUAUUUUACGGGGCCGGAUUAGGUGCAUUUCUAUUAUGUUUCCCAUCGUAUUCUAUUUAUCCUAAGCAAUUUAUUGUUAAUCUAAUUGUUUGGAAUAUGAUAACAACCGCAGCGGGUCUUACGAUCCUUGGAAAUGUAGCAAAUUUCGGUCCACUUUAUGCAUUUCAGGUUUUCCUUUACGGUAAACAAAUGACCGACGAAAAAAUUGAUCUUAGUAAUCAAUUGGCAUCGAAAGAUAAUCAGAAUAUCAAAAAGUUAACCUCGAUUGUUUACCAAUCAACUAAAUCAAGUACAUUGAAGAUGAAACAGAUACUAGAGGGAUAUCAUUUCUGGAGUUCUCAUAAUGCUGCAUUCUUCAUGGCGGCUUUUAAUGCUCAAUCGAUUAUCCUUUACCUGGUUUUCUUCGUAGAAAUACCUGGAUUUUUGCGAAUCGCAUUAAUCAUCUUGGGAUUUAUUAGCUGGUUCAGUGGAUUAUCUGUUCAUUUUUUUCUCGGGGCUUAUGGCCAACAAAAGAUAUUACAACAUUGUUCUGGGAUUAGACGAGCACUUUAUCACAAUAUAUCAAAUCGUAUGAAAUUGCGAAUAGUAAAUUAUCUGGAACAUAUUGAGAAUCGUCACUUUUUCUGUAUAUUUGGUGCCUUACAAUAUUCACUUCAUCAUUUCAUCUUGGUAGUUCUUGAAAAUACAGCAAAUCUUUUACUUCUGAUUGCGGCGCUGAGACGAUGAUAGUUUUCAGUCAAAUUAAAAUCUUUUGUAACAACAAAUAAUAAUUUAAUAGAUUCUGUAUCCAAUAUAUAAAUACAUGUACUUUACUUAUACAUAUAGUGUAUGAAUAU